GAGAGAGAGAGAGAGAGAGAGAGAGAGAGAGACUGAGAGAGACUGAGAGAGAGAGAGAGAGAGAGACAGAGAGAGAGAGGGUGGGGGAGACAGAGAGAGAGAGAGACUGAGAGAGAGAGAUCAUUUAUUUGAUCAUAUUCCUGUUCAUCUUGCCUUAACUUGAUUUGCAUCCUGACUUUUUUUUUUUCUUUCUUUAUUUGUUUAUUUAUUUUUUUCUUUCUUUAAUUUAUAAUUGUUUUCUCUCCAUUUGGUUUCAUCCAUAUUUCAUUUUAUUUUAUUUUGUUAUGUCGAAACGAAAAAAAAACCUCCUCAACUAGCCGGCCAUGAUGCCUCAGCACCAACUGAGCUCCUCCUCCAUCUCCUCCCUCCAACGAGCUAUCAAACCACGCUCACCAAUUCACCACACGAGACACAGAGACACAGAGAGAGAGACAGAGAGACAGAGAGAGAGAGAGAGAGAGAGAGAGAGACAGAGAGAGAGACACAGAGAGACACAGAGAGAGAGAGACACAGACAGAGAGAGACACAGAGACACAGAGAGACAGAGAGACAGAGACGCUCAGAGCGCACAGAGCGUCAGUCUGCUGGAGAGGAGGUCUGAGGUAGAUUAGUAGAUGAACCGGAUGUUUUCUGUACAGUAGGUAGUUUAACAUGUAUCUGUUCUGAGUCUGGUUCACAUCAUAUCAUUAUUAUUAGUCACUGUGCGGUGAUCUGCAGCCAGCAGCAGCUGAAUGAGGAAGCGGCUCCUCCUCGCUUCCUGUCUCGCCUCCUCACUUCAUUAAACCGGAGACAGACGCGCAUCAUGGUCGCCGGAGAGCUCGUGCAGGAGCAUCUGCGCGCGGAUACCUCACCUGGGCGCGCACCUAACGACGACAUCAACGACAUCACGGUCUGCAGGAAGAGCCCCGAGCUGCUGGACGGAGCAGCAGCGGACACCGAGCUGCAGCUGCAGCCGGAGGAGAAGGAGCUGCAGCUGGAGGAGAGAGAGAAGAUGCUGCCCAACGGAGCCGGAGGAGGAGGAGGAGGAGGAGGAGGAGGAGAGGAUGAAGAGGAGGACAAGCACCGGGUACCGGCGCUGCAGACCCAGCUGUACCGGCGCCGGUUCGCCGUGCUGGCCGUGUUCAGCCUGUACUCUCUGGUGAACGCCUUCCAGUGGAUCCAAUACAGCAUCAUCACGCACGUGUUCACGCGGUACUACGGGGUGACCAACGACAAGGUGGACUGGCUGUCCAUGGUCUACAUGGUGGCCUACAUCCCGCUCAUCUUCCCGGCCACCUGGCUGCUGGACCGGAGGGGUCUGCGGCUCACCGCCCUGCUGGGCUCCGGGCUCAACUGCGCCGGCGCGUGGCUGAAGUGCGUCAGCGUGAGUCCGGAGCGGUUCGGCGUCACCGUGACCGCCCAGGUGGUCUGCUCCGUGGCGCAGGUCUUCAUCCUCGGCCUGCCGUCCCGGGUCGCCUCGGUGUGGUUCGGACCCAGGGAGGUCUCCACCGCCUGCGCCACGGCCGUGCUGGGGAACCAGUUGGGGACAGCCAUUGGCUUCCUGUUGCCUCCAGUGUUGGUCCCCACCACCAACGACAUUGAACUGACGGGUCACAACAUCAGCAUCAUGUUCUACGGCACCGCCGCCGUCUCCACGGCACUCUUCCUCCUCGCCGUUAUAGUGAUAAAGGACCGGCCUCUCCUCCCUCCCAGUCACGCCCAGGCCGUCCUCCCGGCCUCUCCUCCUGAGGACUACUCCUACAGACGGUCCAUUAUGAACCUGAUAAAGAACAAAGCCUUCGUCCUCCUCCUCGUCAGCUACGGUAUAAUGACGGGUUCCUUCUACUCCGUCUCAACUCUUCUCAACCAGAUGAUCAUGGCCUGCUACCAGAACCAGGAGAUGAAUGCCGGGAGAAUCGGUUUGACUCUGGUUGUUGCUGGGAUGGUCGGCUCCAUCCUCUGUGGCCUCUGGUUGGACCACACCAAGACGUACAAGAUGACGACUCUCAUCGUCUACAUCCUGUCGUUUCUGGGCAUGCUGGUCUUCACCUUCACUCUGAACCUCGACAACAUCAUCCUGGUCUUCUUCACGGCUGGAUCCCUGGGGUUCUUCAUGACGGGUUACCUGCCGCUGGGCUUCGAGUUCGGAGUGGAGAUCACCUACCCGGAGUCUGAGGGGACGUCGUCAGGACUCCUCAACGCUUUCGCUCAGCUGUUUGGGAUCAUCUUCACUCUGAUUCAGGGUAAACUCACUACGGACUACAGUGCACUGGCUGGGAAUCUCUUCCUCUGCGCCUGGAUCUUCCUGGGAAUCCUGCUCACCGCCUUAAUUAAGUCAGAACUGAAAAGACACAACGUGAACAUGGGAGCAGACAGCAGCCGCCUGCAAGCACUUCACAGCGAGUGUCCCGGUGACUGCCCUUCAGAAAAGAAAACCAACGGCGUCAAGCUGGAGCCGUCGAUCAGCUUCUCCCGUGAGACCUCGCUGUGACGCUGCCAAGUCACCGCCGGAUCGCAGGACGACCGUGAAGGUCUCCCUGCUGCUGCUCUGCUGGGAGACCGGCUGGCACCAUCGCUCCACGUGAGGAACCCAAAGGUGCAACUUGAUUUUUUAUUGCCAAGCUCCUCGAUGUGACCGUAAAGACGGAGUAUCUGGGUGCGAUGCCAAGACUAAUUCAAGCCAGGCGGGUGACCGACGAGGCACGGAGCGUCGAGCCUCCGUAGGAUGCAGGUGCCUCACGCUCCCAAACACUUGCAUAGAAGAUUACCUCCAAUUCACAGAACUUUGGGUUUCCUCAUGGAGAGGUAGUUGUGGAUUGGUCAAAACAAAAGAAGACAGAGGAAGCUCACUGCACUUUUCAAAGGAAGACAGGCUUCCAGUUCGUACCUGUAGAUCACCAUCACAAGCUCUGCUGUAGUUGGAGUGACCGGGCGACGGCGAGGAGGAACUAGAGAGCGGUUCUGUUUGGUUUUGUACUGCGGCCGCUAAACGGGGCCAACGUCUCCUGAGUUUACUUGAAAUAUCCUCUCGUGCUCUGGACUGAAAACACACUGUAGAUGUUUCUGAUUUCUUCUUCACAUACGACAUGUUAGCUACAGAAGAGGAACACAUAAAUCAUGUUUCUGCCGUGCUGUGUGCAUGUUAGACGGGCCAAGAAACAGUUUGUUUUAGUCUUCAUAAAUAUGGGCGGACUUUGUCAUAAAUGCUACGACAGCAAGUCCUAAGACAUCUAAACAAUUACGUAAAUCCUGACAGGUUUUAUGGUGCAGCUUUUCCUUUUUGACACCGGAGAAGAAUUGUAUUUCGAUUCCAGGGAUGCAUCCCUGAGUUUCCCCUUCUUUUCCAUCCGACAAAGGGAGCGGAGGGAAGGGGACGGACAGUAGACGUCAUUUAGAACAGUUUAUUUGCGAUGAAGGAGCUCUGACAUAACUGGCACAAAGAAUCAAAACACUAUGCUUAUGAAGAAAGUACUGUUGUCUGAUCAACAAAAGUCUGCAUAUAAAACUAUUUAAAAAGAAAUAUUUGUUUUGCUACUUAAUAGCAAAAUCUAACGAAAUAUUCUGCUUCAGUCCACAUUUGUUGGCGUUUAGCCUUUCAAAACAACAUUUUCAUUGUUGUUUCACAUUGUCUAGCAGCUAUCUAACAUUAAUUACAUUAUUUAACCACAAGGUCAUUUAGAACAGUUUAUCUGCUAUGAAGGAGCUCUGACAUAACUGGCACCAAGAAUCAAAACACUAUACUGAUGAAGAAAUAACUAUCUGCAUUAGUAAACUAGAAUAUGUGUUGUGCAGUGGUUCCCAACCCGGGGUUCCUCAAGGAACAUAGGUUCGGGAACAAGCGGCGUAGAGUAUGUGGACGACUUUUACAACGGCUUCACUGCACAAACUAUAAUGGACCAAACAAUGCACAAUAAGAAACACACGCACAACUUCAAGAUUUAUACUCAAAGGCGAUGCUUUCAGACGUGUUUUUAAGGUCGACCUCUGUCCGUUAUCACGCUCUGGACAGACAGAAGGACGUAACAAAACAAAGCCGAGUGGACACGAGAAGCACAAAGUGUUUAUGUAUCAGAAGAAAAGGCUGCUGAUUCGUUUUCAGAUCCAUCUCUUUGUUUUAUUUGAUGUCGUAUGAAAGAAUUCUGGAUCUUGUAGUUCUUUCUUUAAACAUUUAUAACUCAAAUUAUACUUUUUUUUUUACUUCGUGUGGAUGAAUGUUGUCGACUUUUACAGUUUCAAAAUAGAUGCAAAGCGUUUAAUUAGCUGUCGUGUAGCUUAAAGUCUGACACCCGUCUCUAUGCCGGAUGCUUCAACAAAGUCAGUUUGUAAAUUGACAGCAAAAUGGUAAAUGAUAGUUUUAUUUUAAGAAGAAAAAAGCUUAUAAACGACAGACUUUUACACGUAGGGCUCCUGAUUUUGGAUUUUAUUUUAAUGAAUAGCAGCAGUUCCCCCCUAAAAUCUUCAUGUCAGCUAACUUCCAACACUAUUCUGGUUUUCGUAAUAUUAAUUUAGUUUUGUCAAGGACUAAAUGAAAGCAUCAUUUCAAAGUGAUGACUGUUGAGAGCCGAUUGAAUGUUCCCAACAACUCCCGUUGAGCACCUUUAAUCAGUGUUGACUAUAUGACAUUCAGCUGAUGGGGUAUUUUUACUGAUUUUGUCCCCUAAACCUUUCUUCAUAUUACCUUUUUAACACGGUCGACUCGUUUCUCCUAAACCACUGUUUGAUCUUCUGUUUCUCAAUAUUUAUUUGCUUCUAUUUUUUCAAACCUUUAUAUGAAAUAUUAUAAAUCUUGAUUGUUUGAUGUAAAUGAAAAUCUCACAUUUU